GAAUGGUGAAAGGUGCCGUGCAGCUACGAUAUAGUGGCCAGCCUUGGGAUGGGGGGCAUGACAGGCUUGUGAUACAGAACAGUCACCUAGAAAGCAGCAUGUCCGCAUCCACCUGGUAGCGAUGCUCAAACCUUGCGCCUCAGUCCCCCUUCAGCCCGGUGGCCGAAGAAGCUGAUCAAUGUGACAUUACUUUCUAUGGUGUGCUCGGCUUAUUGUUCUGGUCCCAGACGCAGACCCAGCAAUCGUGUGAGAAGAUGUUGAGUCGUCUGAUGAGCGGCAGCAUCAGGAACCUGGAAAGAGAAUGCAACUGCACCGUGAGGCUUCUGGACGAUACGGAAUAUACCUGCACGAUCCAGCGAGAUGCUAAAGGCCAGUACCUGUUUGACCUCAUCUGUCACCACUUGAACCUCCUGGAAAAGGACUACUUCGGCAUCAGAUAUGUGGACCCUGACAAGCAGAGGCACUGGUUGGAGUUCACCAAGUCCAUCGCCAAACAAAUGAAGUCCCAGCCCCCGUUCACCAUGUGUUUGCGUGUCAAGUUCUACCCACCGGAUCCUGCUGCCCUGAAAGAGGAAAUCACAAGGUAUCUCGUCUUCCUGCAGAUCAAGAGGGAUCUGUACCACGGCCGCCUCCUGUGCAAGACGUCAGACGCCGCCAUGCUGGCCGCACACAUUCUGCAAGCUGAGAUCGGAGACUAUGACCCCGGGAAGCACCCGGAAGGAUACAGUUCCAAGUUCCAGUUCUUCCCCAAGCACUCGGAGAAGCUGGAGCGGCGAAUUGCCGAAAUCCACAAGACGGAGUUGAUUGGGCAGACACCCGAAACAUCAGAGCGGAAUUUCCUGCAGAAGGCGCAGAUGCUGGAGACCUAUGGAGUGGAUCCUCACCCAUGCAAGGAUGUGUCUGGAAACCCUGCCUUCCUGGCUUUCACUCCUUUUGGGUUUGUGGUGCUUCAGGGGAACAAGAGAGUGCAUUUCCUCAAGUGGAAUGAGGUGACCAAACUAAAGUUUGAAGGAAAGACAUUCCAUAUAUAUGCAAAUCAGAAGGAGGCAGAAUCACCCCUCACCCAGCUCUCCUGUGGGCAGGAUAAAAAGAUCAUCUUGACCUACUUUGCUCCCACGCCAGAGGCCUGCAAGCACUUGUGGAAGUGCGGGGUGGAGAAUCAAGCCUUCUACAAGUUGGAGAAGUCAAGCCAAGUGCGGACUGUCUCCAGCAGUAACCUUUUCUUUAAGGGGAGUCGAUUCCGAUACAGUGGGAGGGUCGCAAAAGAGGUGAUGGAGCAGAGUGCCAAAAUCAAGCGGGACCCUCCGGAGAUCCACAGAGCCGGCCUGGUGCCCAGUCGCAGCUGUCCGUCCAUCACCCAUGGGCCGCGGCUCAGCAGUGUGCCCAGAACACGCCGGAGAGCCGUGCACAUCUCCAUCAUGGAGGGUCUGGAGUCCCUGCGGGACAGCGCCCACUCCACGCCGGUGCGCUCGGUGUCACACGGCGACUCCUUUGUGUCGCGGAUGCGUGGGAUAUCAAUGGAUGGAGGCGACGGGUCUGCGGUCAUCGCCGACGAUUCCUACAGCCCCUCCGACAGCGUGCUGCCCACACCGACUGCGGAACACGGCCUGGAACUGGCCCCGUCACGCCAGAUCAACGGCGCCCCCUGCAGCAUCGAGGAGGAGAAGGAGUCGGAGGCAGGCACCCCCUCUGUGGGGGACAUGUCUGAGCUCGGACCAGAUGGUAGAGUUUUAAACCCCUGGGCGAGCAAGGCUCCCUCCAUAGGCGAGACGGAACAGGUGAAUAAGUUUGUUUUAAGUGUCCUCCGCCUGCUGCUCGUGACUGUUGGACUCCUUUUUGUCUUGCUCCUCCUCCUCAUCAUCCUCACUGAGUCCGACCUCGACGUGGCGUUUCUGCGCGAUAUCCGACAGACGCCCGAGUUUGAGCAAUUCCAUUACGAAUACUUUUGUCCCCUCAGGCGAUGGUUUGCCUGCAAGCUCCGAUGGCUGGGUGGGCCGCUCGUUAAAUGAGUGCGAGGGAGGGGGACAUGCAAGCCCCCCCCCCCCAGCCUGGCCCACGAGGGGACUUUGGGAAGACGGUAUGUCAAGCGAGCAAAGGAGAGCAGCCUCAUCCUGGCACUGAACCCAGCUUCUCUCAUGAAACACCUACAGACUCUCGCCAUGGAUCCUCUCAAAAGACUCCGCCCUUCCUGCUAUUUGCUUUCUAUUUAUUUUGAGCUUUUUUUAAUUUUUUAUCUUUUGACUUUUUUUGUAUAAUGCCAGAGAACUUUUUUUUUUAAUUUUCCUCUCCGGAAUUUCAGGUCAUUUCAGAUUUCAGGUAUUUUAUUUUUUACAA